UCAAUUUAUCCAAAAAAAGAACAAAUCCUGGUUUCUUGACCUAUAGAACCAUUCCUCAUGGGGGUGAAUUUAACUAUCUAAAAAUAACUCCGUGUUUUUCCAACACACGAAGAAGUUUAUAGAAGAGCCGUUUAUAAUUUGUGUCUAUUGUGCAGAUUUAAGGGCAUUGCAUUCAAAAGAUGUUCUUCUAUUUUUAAAAUGUUGCAAGGAACAAAGUCUUCCCGGAGCGGAGUAGUGUUUUAAUGCUCUGUAUGUGGAAAAUCUCAUUCAGAAUUCGUUGUCACAGGAAAUAGGUUCAUUGAAAAUUUUAGUGAUGGCAUCUUUUGGUAUUCGUGGUAUUAAUCAAAACGGAGGAAUAAAUAUUUGUUGUUGUCGAAUUUUUACGUGUGUGAAUUUUGGUUUUGUUACAUCUAAAUUUGGUCUGCUUAAGGUUUUUGAACUCUUACUAGCCACAGUUUGUGAAGGACUUUUGGUAAAAUAUGGAAUUCCAGUAGCUGAUACAAUUGGACAAGCAUUGACGGGUUUUCUAACAACGUCUGCAAAUUGCUUUACAACAACAGCAAUACUUGCUGCUUGUUAUUGUUUCUCAGACAAGUCAUUCGGUCUGAUUCGACAGUCUUUAUUUGAAACACUGUUCAACGCUGUUGCAUGUUUUAUGUACUUUAGUGCUGCUAGUUAUAUGGGAUUUGCUUGUGUUGUUUGGCUGCAUCCACAGUUUCUAGUUAGACCAGGAUUUUGGGCGUAUCCUGCUAUGACAGCUGCAUAUUAUUUAGGAUACCUAGCUUCACUUGCACACGGUAUAGAUGCAAUUCUAUCAUUCAAACAUUAUAGAGGAUAUCGAUGAUUUAACAUAAAGUGAUUUUUAAUACCGGAUUAGUUAUAGUUAUCUU